AUGGUCGAAAACCCAGUGCACUUUAGCAGUGAAAUCCGCAUAUUUAUUGCAGAAGGCAGUUUUAUUGUCCCAGUUAGCAGCAACCCAGGUCAGAGCUUGCCCAGUCAAGAGAGAAAUGAUGAAGGCAAUCUUGUCUUGGUCUGUAGAAUACGGCUAUGGCUGGAGCUCGAAUUGGAAGAUGCAGUGGGACAGGAAGUUGCGACAUUUUGUUGGGGUCCAGUAGAAGCGUUUGGGCACCAGAAUCCAGGGCUCCGCGGGAGGAGGGUGGCUGGCGCACGGUGGCAGUAUCGAGACAGAGAGUUGGUUGAGAGUGCUGAACAGAUGGUCAGUGGUUUCCUCCUGCUUCUGGAUCAUGAACUCAUGUUGGCAGAUGACUUCCGUUUGGAAGGUUUAUCUUCAGGACUAGUUGCUAGAUCUUUGGAGGAAACAUCAACUGCCAGAGACAAAGGGCUUUGCAGCACUUGGGGAAGCGGAGCAUUCAGGACCUUUGAUAACUCAUUUUACUAUUUUACGUCAACCUGCAACUACAUUCUGAGUCGCCAUUGCAAGGGUGUCACAGAAGACUUUAACAUCCAAAUCCACCGAGGGCCCGCUGGUAACUUGGAGCACGUAUUCAUCCAGAUAGAAGGUGUCAGUGUUCUUAUAGUGAAAGCAACAAUCACCGUACAAAAUGUGUUAGUAAGCCUGCCGUAUAACAAUAAAGUAAUUAACAUCUAUAAACAUGGAGUUAACACCAGACUUUCAAACAAGAAGCAUACUAUUUCAGUAAACUGGAAUGGUGAUGAUGCAUUAUGGGUAAAUGUUGAUGAGAAGUAUCAAGGACAAUUGUGCGGUCUUUGUGGGAAGUUUGACAAAAAAGGCAGCUCUGUUUAUGAUUUGACAUUCUUGGACAACAAUAAACUGGAUGUUCUGGGCCACGUAUGUUACAUUACCAUGCCUUCGGAGUCAACAUGUAAUGAAAGCUCUGAAUGUCUGCCAAUUAUAUCAUUCUUUGCAUCUUAUGUUGAGAACUAUUCGCAAGAUUACUACAAGAUGUGUCAGGCAGAUGUCUGCAGCUGUAAAAAGACAAACUGCCAGUGUGAUUCUUUUGAAGAAGUAGUACGACAAUGUAAUAAAGCAAAAGAUGCAAAGUGGAAGACCUGGAGGGAAGAAGCAAAGUGUUCAUUUGCAGAAGUGGAAGCUGGUCAUGUUCUUCUCGUAGUUGUCCUGGCACAUGUGCAAUUGAAGAAGCAAUUUAUUUUACAACAUUUGACAACAGAUACUAUAUUCAUUAACUUUGUUCCCCACCUGAAACAGACAGACAACUGGACCGUCACGGUUGAGAUUCGCCAGUGUCAAGCAGCUUUUAAACAGACUUGUUUACAGCGUGUGACGCUAGCUACAAAUCAAAUGUCUUAUGUGUUCAGUAAUGAUGGCAAGGUAUAUUUUAAUGGGCAAGCAAUUGGAAUUCCAGUGAAAACAGGUGAAAUAAUAAUAUUUCAGCAGUCUUCUAUGUAUAUUCAAGUUGCAACAGCAUUUGGACUGAAGAUGCAAGUGCAGAUAGCACCUCUUAUGCAGCUUUAUAUCUCACUGCCUGUGAAUGCAAAAGGAACCACAAGAGGUUUAUGUGGCACUUUCAAUGGUGAAGCAGAAGAUGACUUUCUGUCUGAACAAGACAUUGUGGAGAGCACACCUGUUACAUUUGCUAAUUCCUGGAAGACAGAAGAUCAUUGCCUCGAACCAACAAUACCAGCCCCCUGUGUCAGCUCAGAAAAUGAAAACUAUGCCAAGUUACAUUGCGCUCCGUUAAAAGACCCAGCAGGCGCUUUCUCCAUUUGCCAUUCCACAGUGGAUUACUUGAAAUAUUAUCAGAUGUGUGUGGCUGCUACCUGUGCCUGUGAGAACAUCAACGACUGCCUGUGUGCAGCAUUGGGAGCCUAUGUCCAUGAGUGUGCUGCUAAUGGUGUCAUCGUGAAAAACUGGACAAGAGACAUUUGCAGAAAAAUAUGCGUCAACACUCAGGUCUUUGAAAAUGACAUGAGAGUCUGUAACCGUACCUGUAGAUCACUAGCAGAGUAUGAUUACACGUGUGAAGUCAAGGAUAUUCCUGUGUUUGGCUGUGGCUGUGCUGAAGGAAGGUACAUGAAUAGUGCUGGAACGUGUGUUGAUAAAUCAGAUUGCCCUUGUUACGCUGGUGAACUGGUUGUCAAUAAAGGACAAAGUACGACAAUAAAUGGUAGAAAUUGUGAGUGUGAAAAUGGGAAAUUUUAUUGUACUGCUGAACAACCAGUAGAUGGAGCAACCAGUUCUAGAGCAACCAACAAAGAAUGUCCGAAUGGAAAACUGUACAAUGAUUGCUCCCAGACAUCUGGAGGAAAACAGAGGUCAUGCAGAACUCUGAAUAUGAAUACUGUAAAGACAAAUCACUCAUGUACUGCUGGCUGUGUCUGUCCUGAUGAUCUUGUGGAAGACGAGAAUGGAAGAUGCAUCCCUGCUGAGCAGUGUCCCUGUCUGUUUGGAGGAGAAAAUUAUCCUUCUGGAAAAAUAAUUGACACAAACUGCAAACAAUGUACAUGUGAAACUGGAAGAUGGAAAUGCACUGAAAACAAAUGUCUAAAGACCUGCCAGGUGUAUGGAGAUGGUCAAUAUAUAACCUUUGAUGGAAAAAGAUACAUGUUUGAUGGCAGUUGUGAAUACGUGCUUGUUCAGGACUACUGCAAUCAAGGAGAAGGAAUAUUCCAAAUUUUAACAGAAAGUGUUCUAUGUUGUGAAAAUGGUGUGACAUGCUCAAGAAACAUCAAAGUUUUAUUUGCGGAAGUAGAGUUUCUUCUUACAGAUGGAAGAGUGAUAAGGAGAGAUAGGUCUCGUCAAGCCCAGUGCCAAGAUCAUUCUUACUCAUUUCACACUGUUGGACUCUAUUUAAUCCUUUCUUUUUCAAAUGGAAUCAUUGUGAUAUGGGAUAAACACACAAGGCUUUCGAUAGCAUUGGACACAAGAUGGAAGAACAAAGUAUGCGGCCUGUGUGGAAAUUUCAAUGAGGAUAUCGCAGAUGACCUAACAACAAAGGAAAAUUCUUUGGUGACUAACAUCGCAAGGUUUGGAAACAGUUGGAAAUCUUCACUGCCUUGUUCAUAUACAUUAAAUCAGACAUUUCCCUGUGACAGAAACCCAUACUGCCUAACAUGGGCUCAGCGGAGGUGUAACAUAAUGAAGGAGGAUGUUUUUCGAAAAUGCCACAAAAUGGUAGACCCAAUCCCAUACUAUGAAGCUUGCGUCCAAGAGGCUUGUGCCUGUGACAUGGAAGGCAAAUAUCUUGGUUUCUGCACUGCUGUAGCUGUGUAUGCAGAAACUUGUACUAAAGCUGGAAUUUGUAUUAAUUGGAGAACACCAGAUUUGUGUCCUGUGUACUGUGACUAUUAUAACUCCCCCAGUGACUGCAGUUGGCAUUAUUAUCCCUGUGGAACAACAAUGACAAAAACAUGCUCUGACCACUCCACUGGAAAGAACUAUUCUGCAUUUCUUGAAGGUUGUUAUGCAAGAUGUUCUGAGAAUGCUCCUUAUCUGGAUGAAAACAAAAUGAAAUGUGUUAACUUAUCUGACUGUACUUGUUAUUAUAAUGGAAAAAUCUUGCAGCCAGGCAAUAAAACAAGGAAUGAUUGUGAAGAAUGUGAAUGCAAGAAUGGAAAAAUCACGUGUAGAGAAACAACUGAGAAACCAACCACUGUGUCUGCAACUACCAGCUACAAAUUGGAAACCACGUCACUGGCAGAAGAACUGACUACGACAACAUCCACCAACAGCAAUAUACCUGAAACAACCGAGAAACCAACCACUGUGUCUGCAACUACCAGCUACAAAUUGGAAACCACGUCACUGGCAGAGGAACUGACUACGACAACAUCCACCACCAGCAAUAUACCUGAAACAACGUUGCCUCCAGAGACACCAACAACAACUUCGUCAACCACCAGCCGCAUCCCAGAAACAACAACGGCAGAGGUAUUGACCAGUUCCACAGCAACCACCAACUAUGUACUUGAACCGUUUUGCAAUGGAGUAUGGUCACACUGGAUUAAUAAAAAUAAACCAUCAUUUCCUGACAGAAUCGAUGUUGAACUAUUGGAAGAAUUGCCAUCAGACGCAUGUCCUUCCGACUCCUACAACAUCAGUAACAUUCAUUGCGAAGCUGUCAGCUUCCCAAACCAACCAAUAAAUAAAUCAGGGGACAUUGUGACUUGUGAUUUACAGAAAGGACUUGUAUGCCAUAUUACUGAGGAUAGUUUCCCCCUGUGUCUGGACUAUAGAAUAAGGGUGUGCUGUGAGCUGAUACAAACUAUGCCUACAACUGCUGCACCUCUAACAACUCCCACAAUUGAUGAGCCCAAAAUGAGCCAGGUCACAAUCGUACCUCCGGAAUCAUGUUGGUGCAAUUCUAACCCUCCACGGAAGUGCUUGGACUCGUGGAAUGAAAACUGCACAAAAGUUACUUGUAUUGAAGGAAAUCGGUAUGAAAGGAUUCCUAUUGUCUGUCCAAGGCAAGAUAAACCGACAUGUAAAAAUGGUAUCGAGCCUGUGAAAGUUAGCAGUGAAGAUGGAUGUUGUGAAGAAUGGGAAUGUAACUGUGAAUGUCUAGUAUGGGGAGAUCCACAUUAUCAGACAUUUGGCGGUGCGAGAUAUGACUUCUUUGAAAAUUGCACAUAUACACUUGUGGAAGAAAUAGUUCCAAAGUACAAUUUGUCGAUCCUGUUGGAUAAUUAUUUUUGUCUCUCCUUUGUAAAAAACUCUUGUCCAAGGGGCCUAAUUAUCUAUUACAAAGAAAAUGUUGUCCGUAUUUCAACUGGGGUCAAAUAUUUGUUAACAGUUGACGGAUAUAAUGUGAGCCUUCCCUAUUCUUCAAAAACAUUGCACAUUACUGAACUGGACACCAACACACACAUUUAUAUUCCUGACAUUCGAACAACAAUUAUUGCUUUCCGCUUUGGCUUUGAGAUCACAGUGCCUGAAAAAUACUUCUUAAAUAACACCAGAGGCCAAUGUGGAUCUUGCUCCUCGAACAAAUGCAUGAGAAAAAAUGGCAAGGUUGAGUCUUUGGACUGUUGUAGUGAAACUGCAUAUGAUUGGAUAGUUUAUGAUCCCAGUAAACCUCACUGCCAAUCAGCUCCUACUGAUGUGCCUUGCACUUCAGCUCCUCCUAAAAAACCAUGCAAAAAUAAGAGUUCAAUCUGUGGCAUCAUUCGAGAAGAGCCCUUUGAAAAAUGCAGAAGCGAGCUCAGCCUUGAUGAUUUUGUGGAGUCCUGUACCUUUGACGAUUGUACUAUGAAUUCCACCGCUGAUUGCAGCAGCCUGUAUGCUGCAGCUUUGGCCUGUGCGGAAAAUGGUGUGUGUGUGGACUGGAGAAAUUCUACAAAUGGAAUGUGCAACUACACCUGUGAGCAGGGUUUAGUGUACAAGCCGUGUGCAACCAAGGCCGAUGACCAAUGUGAAAAUAAUAAGGUGAAAAUUGGAGAGGCGCUCAGCAAAAUUGAGGAAGGCUGUUUUUGUCCAGACGGUUUGAUUCGUUCCAAAGGCAAAUUCAAAUGUGUUCCCUCUUGUGAAGCUUGUCAUGACUAUUCUGGACGGCCAAGACAGGAUGGUGACUCAUGGGAUGAUCCGAAUGAUCCAUGUAUUUCCUAUUCAUGUACUCAGUACGGAGUUUUAAUCAAUAACAGGUCUUGCACUCAGAAUGAAAACUGCCCUGAGUCUCACAGAAUCUAUAUUGAUCGUUGCUGUUUUAAGUGCAAUGAACUAGAACUCUGCAGACUCAGUAGCUUUAAUGAAACAAUAACAUAUGAAAAAUGCAAUGCAACAUUUUUAGCACAACAAUGUUCAGGGCAUUGUUCAUCAGCAAGUAGGUACAAUAUCAAAACCAACAGCAUGGACUAUUCAUGCCAAUGCUGCAAAGAAGACUUAACUGAAGAGGUGGAAGUGGAAUUAAAUUGUGGAAAUGGAGACACCAAGACAAUCAAUUAUGUUGAAGUCAAGUCCUGUAGAUGCCAAGAGUGUAAACAAGUUAUAUUCUAGCUGCUACACAUAUUUAUCUACCAAACCAAAGAUGACCUUUUGAAAAGCUUUUUAGAGAAGGAGUCCUAAGUCCCUUUGCACCUCUGAGUUUUGAAUUUCUCCCCAUUUAGAAAAUUGUACCAAAAUGCAUGACCAUACACUUCUCUGCACUACAUUCCAUCUGUCACUCUCAUUCAACCAAUCUGUCUAAUUCCAUCUGCAGCCUUUCUGUUUCUGUUAUACUAUGUCCCCAACCUCCUAUCUUAAUAUUGACUGGAAAUUUGGCCACAAAGCCAUCAAUCCUAUCAUCCAAUUCAUUGAAGUAAUGUGAAAAGAACUGGUCCCAACACCACUAGUCACCGGCAGCCAACCAGAAAAGGCUCCCUUUAUUCCUAUUCUUCACCUCCUGCCAGUCAUCCAUUCUUCUAUCCAUGCUAGUAUCUUUCCUGCAAUACAAAGGGUUCUUAAUUUGUUAGCAGCCUCAUGUGCAGCACAUUGUAAAGGUCUUGUGAAUAUCAAAGUGAACAUCCACUGAGUAUCCUGCCUGUUAUUUCCUCAAAGAAUUCCAACAGAUUUGUCAACAGAUUUCUUCUUAAGGAAACCAUGCUGGUUUUGGCCUACUUUACUAUGUACCUCCAAGUAAACUGAAACUUCAUCCUUAAUGAUGGACUCCCAUAUCUUCCCAAGCACUGAAGUCAGGCUAACUGGCCUAUAAUUUCCUGCCUUCCCCCCUUCUUAGAGAGUGUAGAGAGUGGAGUGAAAUUUGCAAUUCUCCAGUCCUCCAGAAACAUUCCAGAAUAGCGAUUCUUAAAUGUUUCCACAGUCUCUUCAGUGACCUCCUUCAGAACCCUGGUACAUUGUAUAUCUGGUGCAGGUGACUUAUCUACCUUCAGACCUUUCAGCUUACUAAACACCUUCUACACUCGCUUCUGCCCUAUGACACUGUCGAAUUUUCUGCAUGCUGUUAGAGUCUUCUACAGUGAAGACUGACGUAAAAUACUUAUUAGGUUUAUCCAUCCAUUUUUUUGGUUCCCCCAUCACAGGUUAUACAUUCCCCAGAAAAGAUUGCAAUGAUCCAGAAAUCUGAAACCUGCUCCCUGCACCAACCUCUCAGCCACAUGAUCUGCCAAAUCAUUGUAUUCAUACCCUCACAGCCAUGUGGCACAGGGAGCAAUCCCAAGAUUACUACCCUGGAGGUUCUGCUUUUCAGCUUUCUGCCUAACUUCCUGUAUUCUCUGUUCAGGACCUCCUUCCGUUUCCUACCAAUAUCAUUGGUACCAGCAUGUAACAUAACUUAUGGCUGCUCACUCUUCCCCUUUAGGAAUAUUGAAAAUGAAAUAUAGAAAUUAAUUUUGAGAAGUUAUCUAGAUGAUAAACAUAUUUAUGUUGAUUAUCCUAAAUCAAACCUAAUAAGAAUUUCUUAAAAGCUGAAGAUAUUGUUUCCGAUCAAGCUCCAUUUUGGUGGUGGAAUAUUUACAGUUCUGUUAUUUCGCGUGCAUUUCAAUCUUUCUGAUCUGAAAUGAGAAUCAAUAAACUUA